GAGGUGGCGGGCCUGCGACGAGGAGAGGCGUGGAGUGGACACUUGGGGAGGAGGAGCCGGGCUCCGCGGCCCGAGAGACCCCAGCGCGCGGAGCAUGAGCGGCUGGCCGGCUGGAGAGCGAUCGGGGGAGACCGCUUGCGCGCCACCCUGAACGGCGGAGCCGGGUCGGGUCGGCGGGUGCGGGGUUGCCCGUGCUUGGGUGGCCGGCUGGGCGCAGAGCCAUGGGGAGCACCCGCGCCACGCCGCUGAUACUGCCCCUGCGCCCGAUCAAGCUGCUGAGGAGGCGCUUCCGGCUGCUGCUGCUGGUCGCCGUGGUAUCGGUGGGACUCUGGACUCUGUAUCUGGAGCUGGUGGCGUCCGCCCAAGCCGGCGGGAACCCCCUGAAUCGCAGGUAUGGCAGCUGGAGAGAACUGGCCAAGGCCCUGGCCAACAGGAAUAUCCCAGCUGUUGAUCCAAACCUCCAAUUCUAUUCUUCCCAUAGGCUGAGCCUUAAGGACCAAGACAUUUCCCGAAGUAGGAGUAGGAACAGUAGCUACUUGAAGUGGAACAAGCCUGUGCCCUGGCUUUCUGAGUUCCGGGGCCGUGCUAACCUGCACGUGUUUGAAGACUGGUGUGGCAGCUCCAUCCAACAGCUCAGGAGGAACCUGCACUUCCCACUCUACCCCCAUAUCCGCACAACCCUGAGGAAGCUGGCUGUAUCCCCCAAGUGGACCAACUAUGGCCUCCGCGUAUUUGGCUACCUGCACCCUUUUACCGAUGGGAAGAUCCAGUUUGCCAUUGCUGCUGAUGACAACGCUGAAUUCUGGCUGAGUCGUGAUGACCAGGUCUCGGGCCUUCAGCUGCUGGCCAGUGUGGGCAAGACAGGAAAGGAAUGGACAGCCCCUGGAGAGUUUGGGAAAUUUCAGAGUCAAAUUUCCAAGCCAGUGAGCUUAUCAGCCUCCCUCAGGUACUACUUUGAGGUGCUCCACAAGCAGAACAAUGAGGGCACUGACCACGUGGAGGUCGCGUGGAGACGGAAUGACCCUGGAGCCAAGUUCACCAUCAUUGACUCCCCCUUCCUAUCCCUCUUCACAAAUGAGACCACCCUAAGGAUGGAUGAGGUGGGCCACAUCCCACAGACAGCAGCCAGCCACGUGAGCUCCUCCAACAAUCUUCCCACUGAUGAGCAGCCGCCAGCUGACAUGCUGCGGCCUGACCCUCGGGACACCCUCUAUCAAGUGCCUCUCGUCCCCAAGUCUCUUCUGCGCCACGUCCUGCCUGAUUGUCCCUACAAACCCAGCUACCUGGUGGAUGGGAUCCCGCUACGGCGCUACCAGGGUCUCCGCUUUGUUCAUCUGUCCUUUGUUUAUCCCAAUGACUACACCCGCCUGAGCCACAUGGAGACCCACAAUAAAUGCUUCUAUCAAGGGAGUUCCUAUAAGCAGGACAGGUCUGGCUUCCAGGAGUAUAUCAAGUUGGACAAGUCAGAGAAGCGGGGACUGGAGCAGCCAGGUACAGAAGAUGGUCUUCUAGAAGAAUCCCAAUAUGGAGAAGUAGAAGAGGAAAGCCCUGCAGCCGGAGACCAGGACACUGGAACACAAGGGAGAAACCUAAAGGCUACUUUCCCCCCGGGGCUGGGUGUCACUGACUAUCACCUUCGGAAGCUCUUGGCUCAUCCACAGAGUGGCCCAUUGGCACCUUUUUCCAAGCAGAACUCGACACCCCCCUUUCCAACCAGGACAAAUGACAUCCCAGGCCAGCAGCCAGGAAAAAGGAAAGAAAAAAGUACCCCUGUGCCCAGCCAGGAUUUGUCUCAUUCUGACAAAGAGAACCUACCUCUCCUGCAGAGAUCUGGGCCCACUGGUGACAGUCCUGGGAAGACUCUGGAGCAGUCCCAGUGGCUGAAACAGGUGGAGUCCUACAUUGCCGAGCAGAGACGGGGUGACAGCAUAGAGCCCCAGGUCCCCAGCAGGGGCUGGCAUGGGGAGGAGGAAGUGGUGGCUGCAGCAAGCCAGGAAGGAGAGGUGGGGGAGGAGGAAGAGGAGGAAGAGGAGGACGAAGAAGACAUGAGCGAGGUGUUGGAAUUCGUGCCUGUGUUCGACCCGGUGGUGAACUGGGGCCAGACCUUCAGUGCUCAGAACCUGGACUUCCAAGCCCUGAGGACUGACUGGAUUGAUCUGAGCUGUAACACGUCUGGCAACCUGCUGCUUCCGGAGCAGGAGGCCCUGGAAGUCAUACGGGUCUUCCUGAGAAAGCUCAACCAGAGGACCCGGGGGAGAUACCAACUUCAGCGCAUCCUGAAUGUGGAGAAGCGCCAGGACCGGCUGCGUGGAGGGCGCUAUCUCCUGGAGCUUGAACUGCUGGAAGGCCAGCGCCUGGUGAGGCUCUCAGAGUACGUGUCCACUCGAGGCUGGAAAGGAAAUGACAUCAAUGCUGGGGAGGACACAGAAACCCGGAACCUACAGGGCCUGGUUUGGAGUCCCCGUAGUCACAGACAUGUACUGAAUGCCCAGGAUCCAGAGCCAAAGCUAUGCUGGCCCCAAAAUUUCUCCUGGAACCAUCGAGCUGUGGUCCACUUUAUUGCACCUGUGAAAAACCAGGCUCGCUGGGUACAGCAGUUCAUCAGAGAUAUGGAGAGCCUGUCCCAAGUCACCGGUGACCCACAUUUCAACAUCAUCAUCACAGACUAUAGCAGUGAGGACAUGGAUGUUGAGAUGGCUCUGAAGAGGUCCAGGCUGAAGAGCUACCAGUACCUGAGGCUGAGUGGAAACUUUGAGCGUUCCUCCGGACUACAGGCUGGCAUAGACCUGGUGAAGGACCCACACAGCAUCAUCUUCCUCUGUGACCUGCACAUCCACUUUCCAGCAACAAUCAUCGAUACCAUCCGCAAGCACUGUGUAGAGGGCAAGAUGGCCUUUGCCCCCAUAGUGAUGCGGCUGCACUGUGGGGCCACCCCACAGUGGCCUGAGGGCUACUGGGAGGUCAAUGGAUUUGGACUGCUUGGCAUCUACAAGUCUGACCUGGACAAGAUUGGGGGCAUGAACACCAAGGAGUUCCGAGACCGCUGGGGAGGGGAAGACUGGGAGCUGCUGGACAGGAUCCUCCAGGCAGGCCUGGAAGUGGAUCGGCUCUCCCUCAGGAACUUUUUCCACUACUUCCAUUCCAAGCGAGGCAUGUGGAAUCACCGCCAGAUGAAGAUGCCGUGACCCCGGGACAGCCCCUUACAGCCCCUUGACGUGCAGUUGGCCUCGAGGAGGGAAUAUGAGGAGCUGAGGCCUCAGCACUAAUUGCCCUCUCCACCGGAGCUGCCCCUUCAUGCAGGGGCAAGUGCCGGGGCUCCUCCGCCGUCACUGAGUUGACAGAUUGGAAUGACUGCAUAGGAUGGGCAAUGAGGUCAAGAAGAAAGCACCUGAUUUAAUAGACACCAUCAUGUCCACAGAGGUGCAUUCCCAUGGCCCCGUGCUCCUCACCGGGAGUACUGACCAUGAACCAGAAACUUCAAUGGAACAGAUUUUAUUUGGGGUGGAGGUAUUGGGGGUGAUGAUUUUUAACAGAUAAUGAAGACUUAUGUCUAGACCCA